AUGGCUCCCAUGGCCAUCGACAUCGCCGAGCCUCUUCCGCGACGAGAAGCUUGGAAACUGCUGCCAGAGCCAACUAUAUACCCGGUCCAGGAUUCCCGUUUCGAAAGCCACGUCCCAUCACAGCCCGAUGACUACAAGGCGGCCAAGGCUAGGCCCAGAUCCGUCAACGAUGCUGUCAUCGUCAUUGACAAUGGAUCGUCGGCUGUCCGUGCCGGAUGGUCGUUCGAAAAGGAGCCCCGAUUCGUCAUACCACCCAUCAUGGCGAAAUACCGCGACCGCAAGAUGGGCAAGACGUUUUCCUUUGUAGGUGCCGACUGCUAUGCCGAUACAGCUGCAAGGAGCCACAUACGCAACGCCUUUGAACAGGGUACAGGCAUUGUUGCCAAUUGGGACGUCAUGGAGCACAUUCUCGACUUCACCUUUAUCAAGCUCGGCCUCAACGGUGCAGAUGGUGCGAUCGACAUGCCCGUUGUCAUGACGGAAGCAGUGGCCAACCUUGCCUACUCACGAAAAAGCAUGACCGAAAUUAUCUUUGAGUGCUACGGCGCCCCCUCACUUGCCUACGGCAUCGACUCCCUCUUCUCCUACAGCCACAACAAGGGCAGCACCGGCCUUGUGGUAUCUUCGUCCUACAGUGCCACACAUGUCAUCCCGGUGUACAACUCAAAGGCCAUCCUGUCACAGGCGAUCCGGCUUAACUGGGGCGGCUCACACGCGGCAGAGUACAUGCUGAAGCUAAUCCGGCUCAAGUACCGCGACUACCUCAGCAGCAACCUGAAGCUGAACCCGUCGCAGUCAGAGAACUGGCUCAAGGAGUUUGGGUACGUGUCCAAGGACUACGACAGCGAAUUGCGCACGUACCUGGACUGGACGGGGCUGGAGGACCGCGAACGCAUCGUGCAAUACCCAUAUACGGAGGAGGUGGUGGUGCAGAAGACGGAGGAGGAGCUGGCCAAGAUUGCGGAGCGCAAGAAGGAGAGCGGACGGCGGUUGCAGGAGCAAGCAGCCAAGAUGCGGCUGGAACGUCUGAUGAAGAAGGAGCGCGAGCUGGAGUACUUCAAGAGCAUCCAGAUACAGAUCGCGGAGCAGCCCAAGAAGGAGACCAAGCGGCUGCUAGACGAGGCCGAGGUGAAGGACGAGGCAGCGCUCGAGCGACAGGUCAAGGACCUGGAGCGGUCGAUCCGACGGGCACGACAGAAGGACCUGGGCGGUGACCCGGAAGAGGAGACGGAGGCGCCGGACUUCUCGCUGCUAGAGGUGCCGGACGACCAGCUGGACGAGGCCAGCCUGAAGACGAAACGCCACCAGCGGCUGCUCAAGUCGAACCACGAUGCACGGGCGCGAGCCAAGGCGGAGAAGGAGGCGGAGAAGGCACGCAUUGCAGAAGAGGCGCGACUGGAGGAGGAGCGGCGCACAAACGACUUUGCCGGCUGGCUAGAGGAGAAGCAACAGGCGCGAUUCGGGGUGCUGGCCAAGAUCAAGGAGCGCGAGCGGCUCGACAACGAGGAUCGCGAGGAAAACCCAGACGUGGCUCUCAAGGCGCUGGAGGACCUGCUGCUGCUGCACGAUCCUAACUUUACGUACGAGCACACGCGCGAGGCGCAGGACGACUGGAGCAAGAAGCUGCUGCACGCCUUUGAACGCGGUCCGCGGCCGUUUGAUGCCGACAGCCCGGCUGAGAGGCACCAGAUUCACCUCAACGUCGAGCGGAUCCGUGUGCCCGAGGUCCUGUUCCAGCCGAGCGCCAUUGCCGGGCUCGACCAGGCCGGUCUCGUCGAGAUCGCCGGCGACAUUCUGACCCAACGCCUGACCGGCCUGUCCGGCGGUAUCAGCCGUGACGAUUUUCUGCGCGACGUCUUCCUCACCGGUGGCCUUACGCUCUUCCCCAAUUUUGACCACCGUCUACAAUCCGGUCUGCAGGCCCUGCUCCCGGCGGGCGCGCCUCUCCGCCUACGCCGUGCCCAGGACGCCCUCACGGAUGCCUGGCGCGGUGCCGCCGACUGGGCCGGCUCGGCUGCCUGGAAGACGGCCGCACUGACCAAGGCCGAGUACCAGGAAAAGGGAGCGGACUAUCUCAAGGAACACGACAUGGGCAAUGCGUUUGCAUAG